GUCAUAGCCGCGAUGAUACCGUGAGAAACAGAGAAAAAGGGAGAUCGGUGCUGGUCGUCGCAAGGAGAUACUCGACGCGGACCAGCGAACCAUCGUUCGGUCAUUUGAUAUCGUAUGCCAUUCGCGUUGUAGAAGAUCGUCCUCCGGUAGCGACUCGCGACGCGAUCUCUUGGCGUUUUCAACGCGUAUUACGUUAAUUGCGAAAGAAAGUUAAUUGCAAUAUCCGUUCACCGUUCGCUCGAUAUCAGUAUCAGAUGCGUGUACAAAGCACAAGGGGAUGGCGGGCCGUCCUCGUCGGCUUCGCCGUAGUUUGCGUGGCUAAUUUGCGACUAGUUUUCUGCGAAAAGGAAUCAGGGAACGAGGGAAAGGUGCACUCAGAAGAGCCGCGACAACACACGUGCUGCGCUCGGCACGAGAAAAUGAUCGACGUCGGAUACGGAAUAUCCGGAGAAGUUAUUCAAAUCGACGCCGGGCAUUGUCGAAAAUUAUGCCCGCGACAUGUGUCCGACGAUCCCGGAGACGCAAGCCGGCCAGCGGUGCAGAAAUGUUCAUCGGAUUUCCAUUGUCGAGCGAGGGCCGCGAAAUUGGAGAGAGUGUCGACGUUGCAGGGUGUCCGCGUCAUAGAAACUAUCGACGGGUGCGAAUGCUCGCCAGAGGCGUCUUGCAAAAGGGAAUCCUACAUUCAUCAUAUGCAUUUUGGCACGCCGCAUCAGGCCGUCAUGGAUGUCGGGAUUUGCACUGGACAUUGCGGCAAAGAUCUGGGUUGCAAGCCAGUUCGGAAUAGUACAAUUAGCAUCAAAGGACCAAACGGUGACGAAGUCUAUCAAAUAAUUGAGAAAUGCGGUUGCGCCGGUAACUGUCACAGAAUGGAUCAUAUGGAGACCGUGUUGGAUUACAGUGAAGUGACGAUUAAAGAGGGCACAAACACGACCGACGUCAGACCCGUGAUCCGACAAAUAAACGUCGGCCAAUGCGUCGGUACGUGCCCGGGAAAUGAAACGGAAACGUGUCUUUUGCGCGACAAAAAGGAGCCAUCCAGAUGUCUGGCCGGUUUAUAUUCGAAGCAGCACUCUUGCACACCAGCCAGAUUUAAGGUGCACGAGUACAGAACCCGACGAGGUGCGAAGAGAGAAAUAAUCCAGAUCACUCAGUGUGCCUGUGUCUAG